AUGCCCGCCCGCCAGCCGCACGAGAGGCUCAAUUUUGGCGACAGAUUUUUACUGCCUGGCCAUUCCUUCGAGUGGCUUCGGCAACAAGAAAGUCCGUCUCUGUCCAAGAAUGUCAAGCAGUUUGCAAACAAGGCUCUAAACUGUGGUGACGUGGAGAGCAAGUUGGCCGUUCCCGAACCGACUCUAAGCAUGGCUAAAAAGCUGGCCAAGCCUGCGGUCGCCGAGAGGAACUCGUUUGGACACUCCUCGCUGGCUGAGCUGCCAGACCGCCGAGCUGACCAAUGCCAAGUCAGCCGCUUUCACGAGUCACCGUCAGACUCGCAGGUGUCCGUUCACCCUGCAGCGUCUGUCCGAGCUGCUGACGACGCCGAGGCAGCAGUACAACCGCAUCGACAAGUUCUGGUUGUCAGCGGCAACGAUCCUCCGCAGGUCACGGCCAACGGUCUGUCCGAGGACAACGGCCUCAAGGCCCCCGAGCCCAAGAAGCCGCGCUUUGAGGAAGUCGAGGAGAAGCUGGACACGGAGACUGCCGUCAAGGAGCAAACUGGUGACCACGUCGAAGACAAGAAAGACGAGGAAGAACCUGCCAAAGAACCUGAAGUGGAUGGUGAGAUGAACGAGGAAGCCUCCAAGCCAGAGGCUGAACCUGUGGAACCUCAGGUUGAAACCGAGACUGCCGAAGCUCCGAAGGAAGCUGCGGAAGAACCUGAAAUCGCAAAGGAGCCUGAAACGCCGCCAGCUGAACCUGUGGAGGAAGCUGAGAAGCAAGAAGAGCCUCUGGCUGUGUCUGAAGACUAAGAGAUGCCUUUGGUGGAAAAAGAGGCGCCGUUGGCUUCUCCCGAGAAGGAUUUGAGUUACGAAAAGGUUUUGGAAGCACUCAAAACUGAGGACGUGCCAAUGCCAAUGGAGGAGCAGAGCCGAGUUGCAUUUACUCGCGUGAACAAUUCUCUGAUCCUUAAUUUAUAUUCUGAUGCCGCUCUCAACUGAGCCUCUGUUAACUCUCACAAACCGUCGAAUUUAGCAGAAGAAUGACACGUAACGGUGGUGGGCAAUGACACCCCGUAUUAUUAGUUUCUCAGUGCUUAUGCGCUACGCUGCGAAAUAUUUAUUUUUAUCUCACCUGUAUUCUAAUAAAGAGACAGCUGCUCACA